AUUUGCGUCAGUCCGUUGGAAGUUACGAGGCAAGUUUCUUACAUUUUUGGCAUUAGAUAAUAGCGGUCUGUGUAAAUUAUUAUAUAUUACAUUUAAAAGUGUGUGGAACUGAGCAUGAAGCCCUGUUUUUUUCCUUUAUUUUUCCCUAGUGUGAACAGCACAGCGUAAAUUACAGUGGUUCCUUCACUUCUCGAAUUAAUUAUGUUCAUGUUUAUUAUUAGCCAGCAUAAGCUGAUGAGGCUUGAGGGAGGUGGCUUCGCGGUUACUGCUGCCACAAGCACAGCUCACAUCUUUUAGUUGUGCGCCUGACGCGCGCUGAGAGCGCACUGAGAGCGCACAGCCCGCCUGUCCACGAGCGACUUCAAGUUCAGAGAGAACUGCUGGGCGCAAGCUUCAACUGAGCCGAGACACAUUUCAGCUUUAGUCGGUACUAAAGAAGUACUUUAUAAAACACAUGGCAUGGUGACUGAGAGGAACAGAGGAAUUCUCUCUUCGGCGUCUUCAGCGGAGAUUUGGCGUUGAAUGAAACUGUCUGCAAAAUGAUCUGUCAAACGCGCAGGAUGUGUCGAGUGUGGAGAAAGUAGAGCCGUUUAAUCGACCGUCAACAAACUUCUGUUGCUUUGUCUGACUUUGACACGUCAUGGCAUCAGUGUCGUGGAGACACGCGCUCUUCUUCUUGCUAGUUGUGAAUCUGUCUGUGCUGACGACAGCAUGCAGCAGUCACUAUGGAAAUGUCAUUGAGGAGUUCUGCCUGGCCAAGUUCAAGCUGGACAUGGAGGUUCUCGAUCAGCGCCAGUGGUGCAGCUGGGAGGACACAGUUGAGUCCUAUGGAGAACUGACCAACUGCACGUUCCUGGUGGCUCUGAAGAUGAACUGUUUCUGGCCCAACCGAAUGGUGGACGAAUUCUUCAUCCGAGUGCACAGGCACUACUUCCAUGACUGCUCAAUGUCUGGACGGCUGCUUCACGAUCCACCCAAUCGGAUCUUGGGGCCUUUUAUCGUGGUUCCCAUUCUGGUGACGCUACUCAUGACUGCUCUAGUGGUGUGGAGGAGUAAACGCAGCGAGGGAAUCGUAUAAUCGAUAAACUAACCAAGUACCUCCACACUGAACAAUAGAGAAGGAGACAUUACACGGACUGCAAGCACUAAGAAAGACUUGUUUCUCAUCAAAUGGUUGUAUAUCCAAACACUUAUAGUGAACUCUGUCACUGUGUUAUCUGCACACAGAUAACAUACCAGACAAAAACGUUCAUCACUAUUUCUUUGAGGUAGUUUUCAACUCAAUGUUUUGUCAUGCCUGCAUUCUGUUAAUAAAACCGAUCUCCUGUCUGGAUGCAAGUCAUUAUCAUGAUGACGGAUAAGUUUGACCUUGGAUGGACACGCACCAAAGGGAGGACACUGUUAUUCCCACAUGUUUGACAAACCUUUACAGUCAUGUGAGCACUGGACAUUGAACAAUCAUUUUCAAUUUCACACACAUAAAUGUGCUUUGUGCCAAAUGAUGACACUCAUUCAGUCAAUCAUGAUUAGUAUUCUUCUGUUGAUUUAAGAAAGAAGAAUAAGAAAAGAAUAGGGCUACAACCACAAACAUGUCAAUAAUAUUUACAAUAUCAGUGAUCCGAUCCCCAGAAUGAACAUCACCAUCGGAUAUUGGAAGAUACCCCAAAAAGCUGUAGUAGUUUCAAAUGCUUUGUCCAAGAUCUAAAGUGAAUGUAUCUUUCAUAGACAAGUCAAUCCCACAAUGCACUGCUACAAAAAAAUUAUCCAAGAUUUUGGAGAGACGUGAUGAACUGAUACUUUUCAGUAUUGAAUGAAAUCAAUAAAAAUCUUAAAUUAAAAUUAAAAAUUGACUAUUAGUGCAGACCGGGGUGACACUGAUCUGACAAAACCAGCUCUCUGUCUGUCAGUGCAGUGUGAAUUUGGUCUAAAGACUGCAAACUACUAUUUAACAUCCUCUGUUUUUUAGAAAUCUGACAAUGGAUCAGAAUGUCAUUAUGGACAAUGUGCUACCCACGUUACAUCUAACCUUUUAUUUGCUUAAAAUUCAGAAGUGUUCAGUUCAGUGUUAUCACAAAACCCCCAAUUGGGUAACUCUACCUAAGAGAUUAAACAUCUAUUCUACAGUAUAUACUGCAGGCAAUAGUGCAGUCUUUUGUACUGACGGUGGCUAUCAGAUAAUAUUAGAAGCAUUGAACCAGAAAGAAUCCCUGCAUUUAUUUGGUGUCUCUCAUCUCAUGGGCUCUUGUCAUAAGGUUAUGUCAAGGGAAAAUAUUUUCCUUCUGUAGCAAGCAACCUAUCGGCUAAGAAGCUUGCAGCAUUUGUUGUGGAAUAAUUUAUGUAUUAGCACUAAAAGUAUGUUUUCAUUCACAUGACUCUGCUAAUUGCUUUUUUUUUUAAAGCUAUAUAUGUGUAUCCCUGGAGCUCUGUACCCACAGUGAGUGGUUUAAAUGCCUAUGGCGAACUGGACAGUGGCACAGAGACAGUAGACAUUUCUAAUUUCUAAUGUCAGCUGAAUUUCAAAGCAUCUGAUUUCUGAUGCAGUUAUAAUAAAGCCAUUUGCCCUCGA